AUGACGAGUAAUACAUUUCAAAACGAAAAUACUGAUUUAUUUAUCAGUGAAGAACAAAUAAAUAGAAACAAAUUAAACGAAUUAAAUACAGAAGUGAUUAUUAAAAAUGAAAUAUUUGAUGUGAGUGAAAGUGAUUUAAUAGAUUAUAAAGAACCAUUCAAAGGUGGACACGAAGGAAUUAAAGAAGAGGGAAUACUUGAAGAAACUGAUAUUAAAAUGGAGAAUGAACGAAUUAAACUUGAACAACAAUUAAAUACUGAAUUAAUUAUUAAAGAUGAAAUAUUUAAUGAAAAUGAUUUAGAAUUUCAUAAUAUUGAAAAUGAAGAAACAUCUUUAACAUGUGAAGUGUGUGAUAAAACUUUUAAUAAAAAACACCAUUUAACUUCCCAUAAACUAAUUCAUACUGAUAAAAAACGUUUUUCAUGUGAAGUGUGUGAUAAAUCAUUUAAUAGAAAAAACAGUUUAAUUCGGCAUGAACGAAUUCAUACUGUUGAAAAAACUUUUUCCUGUGAAAUUUGUGUUAAAUCGUUUACUUGUAAACAGAAUUUGAUUGUACAUAAACGAAUUCAUAGCGGAGAAAAACCAUUUUCUUGUGAAGUUUGUGAUCAAUCAUUUACACAUCGAAUCAGUUUAAAAACACAUGAACGAAUUCAUACCGGGGAAGUCCCGUUUUCUUGUGAUGUUUGUAACAAAAACUUUAAUAAAAAAUGUAAUUUAAUUCAACAUAAACGUAUUCAUACUGGUGAAAAAACGUUUUCCUGUGAAAUUUGUGAUAAAUCGUUUACUUGUAAACAGAAUUUGAUUGUACAUAAACGAAUUCAUAGCGGAGAAAAACCAUUUUCUUGUAAAGUUUGUGAUCAAUCAUUUACGCAUCGAAUCAGUUUAAAAACACAUGAACGAAUUCAUACCGGGGAAGUCCCGUUUUCUUGUGAUGUUUGUAACAAAAACUUUAAUAAAAAAUGUAAUUUAAUUCGGCAUGAACGAAUUCAUACUGUUGAAAAAACGUUUUCCUGUGAAAUUUGUGAUAAAUCGUUUACUUGUAAACAUAAUUUAAUUGUACAUAAACGAAUUCAUAGCGGAGAAAAACCAUUUUCUUGUGAAGUUUGUGAUCAAUCAUUUACGCAUCGAAUCAGUUUAAAAACACAUGAACGAAUUCAUACCGGGGAAGUCCCGUUUUCUUGUGAUGUUUGUAACAAAAACUUUAAUAAAAAAUGUAAUUUAAUUCAACAUAAACGUAUUCAUACUGGUGAAAAAACGUUUUCCUGUGAAAUUUGUGAUAAAUCGUUUACUUGUAAACAUAAUUUAAUUGUACAUAAACGAAUUCAUAGCGGAGAAAAACCAUUUUCUUGUAAAGUUUGUGAUCAAUCAUUUACGCAUCGAAUCAGUUUAAAAACACAUGAACGAAUUCAUACCGGGGAAGUCCCGUUUUCUUGUGAUGUUUGUAACAAAAACUUUAAUAAAAAAUGUAAUUUAAUUCAACAUAAACGUAUUCAUACUGGUGAAAAAACGUUUUCCUGUGAAAUUUGUGAUAAAUCGUUUACUUGUAAACAUAAUUUAAUUGUACAUAAACGAAUUCAUAGCGGAGAAAAACCAUUUUCUUGUAAAGUUUGUAAUCAAUCAUUUACGCAUCGAAUCAGUUUAAAAACACAUGAACGAAUUCAUACCGGGGAAGUCCCGUUUUCUUGUGAUGUUUGUAACAAAAACUUUAAUAAAAAAUGUAAUUUAAUUCAACAUAAACAUAUUCAUACUGGUGAAAAACCAUUUUCAUGUGAAUUGUGUGAUAAAUCAUUUAAUAGAAAAAUCGAUUUAAUUGUACAUGAACGAAUUCAUACAGGGGAAAAACCUUAUUCAUGUGACAUGUGUGAUAAAACAUUUGCACAGACCAGUAAUUUAAUUCGACAUAAACGAACUCAUACUGGUGAAAAACCUUUUCCAUGUGAACUGUGUGAUAAAACAUUUACACAAAAAACCAGUUUAAUUGUACAUGAACGAACUCAUACUGGUGAAAAACCUUUUUCAUGUGACAUGUGUAAUAAAACAUUUACGCAUAAUUAUCAUUUAAUUCGGGUACACAAGGAUACAAAACCAUAUACUCCAUGA